AUGAUCCCCGCCUUCAAGCUCCUGCCCCUCGUGGCCCUCCUCGGCUCGACCAUCACCCUUGCCCAGCAGGCGUGCACCUCGACCACUGAGACCCACCCCUCGCUUACCUGGCAGACUUGCACUUCGUCUGGCAGCUGCACCACCAACAACGGUGCCGUCACCGUCGACGCCAACUGGCGCUGGACCCACACUGUCUCGGGUUCGACCAACUGCUACACUGGCAACACCUGGAACUCGGCCUACUGCCCCGACGGCACCACCUGCGCUGCUCAGUGCUGUGUUGACGGUGCCGACUACUCGGGCACCUACGGUGUCACCUCGUCUUCCGACGCCCUCACCCUCAAGUUUGUCACCAACGGCCCUUACUCGACCAACAUUGGUUCGCGUCUCUACCUCAUGGCCUCGGAGACCCAGUACCAGAUGUUCAACCUCCUCGGCAACGAGUUCACCUUCGACGUCGACGUUUCGAACCUCGGCUGUGGUCUCAACGGCGCCCUCUACUUCGUCGCCAUGGACGCCGACGGAGGUCUGAGCAAGUACUCGGGCAACAAGGCCGGUGCCAAGUUCGGUACUGGUUACUGUGACGCUCAGUGCCCCCGCGACGUCAAGUUCAUCAACGGUGUCGCCAACGUCGACGGCUGGACCCCCAGCACCAACGACGCCAACUCGGGUGUCGGAAACACCGGUACCUGCUGUGCCGAGAUGGACAUCUGGGAGGCCAACUCGCUCUCGACCGCCUACACCGCUCACCCCUGCACCAACAACGCCCAGCACUCGUGCUCUGGCGACAACUGCGGUGGCACUUACUCGUCUACUCGCUACGCCGGUGACUGUGACCCCGAUGGAUGCGACUACAACUCGUACCGCCAGGGCAACACCACCUUCUACGGCCCCGGCUCGGGCUUCGCUCUUGACACCACCAAGAAGCUCUCGGUCGUCACCCAGUUCAUCACCGACUCGGCCGGCGCCCUUUCGGACAUCAAGCGCUUCUACGUCCAGAACGGCGUCGUUGUCCCCAACUCGGAGACCAGCAUGGCCGGCACCUCGGGUAACUCGAUCACCAGCGACUACUGCACUGCCCAGAAGGUCACCACCGGUGACACUGACGUCUUCGCCGCCAAGGGCGGUCUCGCCCAGAUGGGCAAGGCCCUCUCCACCGGCAUGGUUCUUGUCCUCUCGCUCUGGGACGACCACGCGGCUGACAUGCUCUGGCUCGACUCCACUUACCCCGUUGGCUCCACCGCCCCCGGUGCCGCUCGUGGCUCUUGCUCCAGCACCUCGGGUGUUCCCGCCACCCUCGAGUCGACCGUCCCCAACUCGUCGGUCGUCUUCUCCGGCAUCAAGUUCGGCCCCAUCGGCUCGACCUUCAACAGCGGCUCCACCUCGUCGUCGUCCGCCGCCUCGUCCACCAAGGCUUCGUCGACCGCCGCCUCGUCCACCAAGGCUUCGUCCUCGACUGCCGCCUCGUCGACUGUCGUGACCUCGACCAAGGCUUCGUCUAGCUCGGCUCCUGGUACGUCUACAACUGUUGAAGAGCUUGUGAGCUCGGCUGCAAGCGCCGUUGUCAGCUCUGCUACCGAGGUUGCCAGCUCGUCUGCUGCCAGCUCUGUUAGCGAGGUUGCCACCUCUGCCAGCUCUGCUGCUGUUUCAAGUGCCGUCGAGGAGCUGGACUCUUGCUCAUCUUCUGCAGCGGCCACUUCGUCGUCCGCUUCGGGUUGCACCGUCACCAAGUGGGGCCAGUGCGGUGGCGCCAGCUACACCGGCUGCACCACCUGUGUCUCGGGCUCGACCUGCACCUACCAGAACGACUGGUACUCGCAGUGCCUCUAA